AUGUUUCCAACAGUAAUACUGCUCAUCUUCUGCAGUUUUCUGCAAUCUGCCGCUUUGGAAGGAAAUUAUUUGCCCCACUUUUUUCUCCAAAAACAGAAAGAAUCUCUGCAAAGAAUUUUGAGCAAGGAUUCCUGUUCUACCUGGGGUGGAGGGCAUUUUUCAACCUUUGAUAAAUACCAGUAUGACUUCACUGGGACCUGCAACUAUAUCUUUGCAACUGUAUGUGACGAAACCAGCCCAGACUUCAACAUUCAGUUCCGCCGUGGGCUGGACAAAAAAAUUGCGAGGAUCAUUAUUGAGCUGGGACCUUCCGUUGUCAUUGUUGAGAAAGGCAGCAUUUCUGUCAGGAGUGUUGGUGUCAUUAACUUGCCUUACACCAGCAAUGGAAUUCAAAUAGCACCUUAUGGGCGCAACAUCCGUCUGGUGGCCAAGCUGAUGGAGAUGGAGCUAGUUGUCAUGUGGAACAAUGAUGACUAUCUCAUGGUUUUGACUGAAAAAAAAUAUAUGGGGAAAACGUGUGGAAUGUGUGGAAAUUAUGAUGGUUAUGAAUUGAAUGAAUUUGUGAGUGAAGGUAAAUUGCUGGAUACGUAUAAGUUUGCUGCAUUACAAAAAAUGGAUGAUCCAUCAGAGAUCUGCCUGUCUGAGGAGAUACCAGUUCCCAACAUUCCUCACAAAAAAUAUGCCAUGAUCUGCUCUCAGCUACUUAACUUGGUGUCACCAACCUGCAGUGUGCCAAAGGAUGGAUUUGUCAUUCGUUGCCAGCUUGAUAUGCAGGACUGCAGUGAGCCAGGACAAAACAAUUGCACUUGCUCUACGCUGUCAGAAUAUUCAAGACAAUGUGCUAUGUCCCAUCAAAUGGUGUUGAACUGGAGAACUGAAAACUUCUGCUCUGUGGGAAAAUGUUCUGCUAACCAAAUCUAUGAAGAAUGUGGUUCUCCAUGUAUUAAAACCUGUUCCAACCCAGAGUACAGCUGUUCCAGUCACUGUACCUAUGGUUGCUUUUGUCCUGAAGGAACUGUUCUUGAUGAUAUCUCAAAGAAUCGAACGUGUGUUCACAUUGAGCAAUGUCCAUGUACACUGAAUGGGAAAACAUAUGCUCCUGGUGAGACAAUGAAAGCAGCAUGUAGGACCUGUAAAUGCACAAUGGGCCAGUGGAACUGCAAAGACUUGCCCUGCCCUGGAAGGUGUUCACUGGAAGGAGGCUCCUUUGUUACCACAUUUGAUUCUAGGUCAUACAGGUUCCAUGGGGUUUGCACUUAUGUUCUUAUGAAGAGUUCCAGCCUGCCACACAAUGGAACCUUAAUGGCUGUUUAUGAAAAGUCUGGUUAUUCUCAUUCUGAGACGUCACUUAGUGCUGUAAUUUACCUAUCUACAAAGGACAAAAUUGUGAUUUCUCAGAACGAACUCCUUACUGACGAUGAUGAACUUAAGCGGCUACCUUACAGAUCAGGAGACAUCACUAUUUUCAGACAGUCCUCAAUGUACAUUCAAAUGUUUACAAACUUUGGGCUGGAAGUUGUAGUUCAAACAUCACCUGUGUUCCAGGCCUAUGUGAAAGUUGGAUCACAAUUCAAAGGGAGAACUCUAGGUUUGUGUGGGAAUUACAAUGGAGACACUACAGAUGACUUCAUGACUAGCAUGGAUAUCACUGAAGGGACGGCCUCCCUGUUUGUAGAUUCCUGGAGGGCAGGAAAUUGCCAUCCUGCUUUAGAGAGAGAUACUGACCCUUGCGCUUUGAGUCAACUGAACAAAAUAUCUGCUGAGACUCAUUGCUCCAUUCUUACCAAGAAGGGUACAGUGUUCGAGAAAUGCCAUGCUGUGGUGAACCCUAUUCCUUUCUACAAGAGAUGUGUCUACCAAGCCUGUAAUUAUGAAGAGACCUUUCCUUAUAUUUGUUCUGCUCUGGGAUCGUAUGCACGAACAUGCAGUUCAAUGGGUUUGAUCCUUGAGAACUGGAGAAACAGUAUGGACAAUUGUACCAUUACCUGUACUGGCAAUCAAACAUUCAGCUACAACGCUCAGGCAUGUGACAGGACAUGCUUGUCACUCUCCAACCGAGCCCUUGAAUGUCAUCCAACUGACAUCCCUAUUGAAGGCUGCCAUUGUCCUGAAGGAAUGUACUUGAACCACAAGAACGAGUGCGUUCGUAAAUCUCAUUGUCCCUGCUAUUUAGAAGAUAGAAAGUACAUCUUGCCUGACCAGUCAACAAUAACUGGUGGGAUUACCUGCUAUUGCGUUAACGGGAGGCUAAGUUGCACAGGCAAACCUCAAAACCCUGCAGAAAGCUGCAAAGCUCCUAAGAAGUAUGUAUCAUGUUCUGACGCUUUAGAAAACAAGUAUGGAGCAGCAUGUGCCCCUACCUGCCAGAUGCUGGCUACUGGAAUUGAAUGUAUACCCACUAAAUGUGAAUCAGGCUGUGUCUGUGCUGAUGGGCUAUAUGAAAAUCUCGAUGGCGGGUGUGUCCCAGCUGAGGAGUGUCCAUGUGAAUAUGGUGGUCUUGCUUAUGGAAAAGGUGAACAGAUCCAAACUGAAUGUGAGAUCUGCACUUGCACAAAAGGCAAAUGGAAAUGUGUUCAGAAAUCAAAGUGUUCCUCAACGUGUAAUCUGUAUGGAGAAGGCCACAUCACUACUUUUGAUGGACAGCGUUUUGUGUUUGAUGGCAACUGUGAAUACAUAUUAGCUAUGGAUGGCUGCAGUGUUAAUAGACCUGUUUCCUCUUUCAAAAUUGUUACUGAGAAUGUCAUCUGCGGGAAAUCAGGGGUUACAUGCUCCAGAUCCAUCAGCAUUUACCUUGGGAAUUUGACAUUCGUACUGCGAGAUGAAACCUUCACUAUUUCUGGGGAAAAUCCUGGAGUGCGAUAUAAUGUGAAAAAGAACGCCCUUCACCUGAUGUUUGACAUCAUUAUCCCCAGAAAAUACAACAUGACCCUCAUCUGGAAUAAGCACAUGAACUUCUUCAUCAAGAUCUCUAGAGAAACACAGGAAACUAUAUGCGGUUUGUGUGGGAACUAUAAUGGCAAUAUGAAGGAUGAUUUUGAAACUCGAAGCAAAUAUGUGGCAUCAAAUGAAUUGGAAUUUGUCAAUUCUUGGAAAGAGAAUCCUCUCUGUGGGGAUGUAUACUUUGUAGUGGAUCCCUGUAGCAAGAACCCUUACCGUAAAGCAUGGGCAGAAAAGACGUGUUCCAUCAUCAACAGUCAAGUCUUUUCUGCCUGUCACAACAAGGUGAAUCGUAUGCCCUAUUAUGAGGCCUGUGUUCGAGAUUCUUGUGGUUGUGACAUUGGAGGGGACUGUGAAUGCAUGUGCGAUGCCAUUGCAGUAUAUGCCAUGGCAUGCUUAGAUAAAGGUAUCUGCAUUGACUGGAGGACCCCUGAGUUCUGUCCUGUCUACUGUGAGUAUUACAAUUCUCAUAAAACAACAGGAAGUGGUGAUACUUAUUCCUAUGGCUACAACAAUAACAACUGCACCUGGCAUUACAGGCCUUGUAAUUGUCCAGAUCAAAACUACAAAUAUGUCAACAUUGAAGGCUGUUACAACUGCUCUCAUGAUGAAUACUUUGACCAUGAGAUGGAAAGAUGCAUGCCAUGUGGACAUGAAAGCACUAGUACCACACCCGAAACGUCUUCACCUUCAACAGUGUCAACAGUGCAGCCUAAAGUAACGAGAAGCUCUAUCACAAGUACCCUACCAGCAGUACCUAGUAUUUCUUCUUCUGCAGCUACUGUAUCAACUGAGACUACAAAUCCAACAAUUACCUCAAAAAUUACAAUUCCAGGAACUUCAUCAGCAUCACCUCUUGUCACAAUAAAGUCAACAACUGAGAGUGAAGGAACCCAAGCAACCACUUUGUACCACCAAGUCCCAAUAGUUGUCACCCACAGAACAACGACACCACAGGUUGUGCAGCAUCUGGUAACACAGAAGACCAGCCCUGCCACAUCCACCAGCAGCACCUCUGUCAUGAGAGGGACCAGCCCUGCCAGCAGCCCAGAAGUUCCACUGACAAGGAUGUUUCCAAGUCCCACCUCUUUACCUGCCAUCUCAGCCUCAUCUGCUUCUUCCCCCUCCUCAACUGUGUCCUUGACACCAUCACAGCCUGCAAGGGAGCCAACCAGAGCUAAGACUCCAACUAGUAAAGUAGUAACAGCCUUCACCCACGAAAAGACAACCGUGCCACACAUUGUGCCGCCUCUGACCACGCAGAAGACAACGGCCACCACCUCUGCCAGCAGCACCUCCAAGACCUCUGUCUCCAGAGAGGCCAGCCCCGCUAGCAGCACAGAGGUCCCUCUGACAAGCACCUCUCCAGGUCCCAGCUCUCCGCCUGCCCCCAGCAGCCCGCUCAGCACCCGCCCGCCACCUGCCACCACUUCCACGCUCUCCUCCACAUCAGCCCCAGCUGCCACCCCGAAACCUACGCCUACGACCCUAAGGCCCAGGCCCUCUUCCCUGAGGACCAGCGCUCCAACAGAGUUGCCUGCAUCGGAGUCAUCCGCGCCCUCCACAGCCAAAACCAGCCCGCUGCCAUCGCCUGCUUCUUCUCCCUCCUCAACCGUGUCCUCCACGUGGCUGAGUUCCUCGCAGCCCGCCUUCACCCACGAAAAGACAACCGUGCCACACAUUGUGCCGCCUCUGACCACGCAGAAGACAACGGCCACCACCUCUGCCAGCAGCACCUCCAAGACCUCUGUCUCCAGAGAGGCCAGCCCCGCUAGCAGCACAGAGGUCCCUCUGACAAGCACCUCUCCAGGUCCCAGCUCUCCGCCUGCCCCCAGCAGCCCGCUCAGCACCCGCCCGCCACCUGCCACCACUUCCACGCUCUCCUCCACAUCAGCCCCAGCCGCCACCCCGAAACCUACGCCUACGACCCUAAGGCCCAGGCCCUCUUCCCUGAGGACCAGCGCUCCAACAGAGUUGCCUGCAUCGGAGUCAUCCGCGCCCUCCACAGCCAAAACCAGCCCGCUGCCAUCGCCUGCUUCUUCUCCCUCCUCAACCGUGUCCUCCACGUGGCUGAGUUCCUCGCAGCCCGCCUUCACCCACGAAAAGACAACCGUGCCACACAUUGUGCCGCCUCUGACCACGCAGAAGACAACGGCCACCACCUCUGCCAGCAGCACCUCCAAGACCUCUGUCUCCAGAGAGGCCAGCCCCGCUAGCAGCACAGAGGUCCCUCUGACAAGCACCUCUCCAGGUCCCAGCUCUCCGCCUGCCCCCAGCAGCCCGCUCAGCACCCGCCCGCCACCUGCCACCACUUCCACGCUCUCCUCCACAUCAGCCCCAGCUGCCACCCCGAAACCUACGCCUACGACCCUAAGGCCCAGGCCCUCUUCCCUGAGGACCAGCGCUCCAACAGAGUUGCCUGCAUCGGAGUCAUCCGCGCCCUCCACAGCCAAAACCAGCCCGCUGCCAUCGCCUGCUUCUUCUCCCUCCUCAACCGUGUCCUCCACGUGGCUGAGUUCCUCGCACCCGGCAGCCUUCACCCACGAAAAGACAACCGUGCCACACAUUGUGCCGCCUCUGACCACGCAGAAGACAACGGCCACCACCUCUGCCAGCAGCACCUCCAAGACCUCUGUCUCCAGAGAGGCCAGCCCCGCUAGCAGCACAGAGGUCCCUCUGACAAGCACCUCUCCAGGUCCCAGCUCUCCGCCUGCCCCCAGCAGCCCGCUCAGCACCCGCCCGCCACCUGCCACCACUUCCACGCUCUCCUCCACAUCAGCCCCAGCUGCCACCCCGAAACCUACGCCUACGACCCUAAGGCCCAGGCCCUCUUCCCUGAGGACCAGCGCUCCAACAGAGUUGCCUGCAUCGGAGUCAUCCGCGCCCUCCACAGCCAAAACCAGCCCGCUGCCAUCGCCUGCUUCUUCUCCCUCCUCAACCGUGUCCUCCACGUGGCUGAGUUCCUCGCAGCCCGCCUUCACCCACGAAAAGACAACCGUGCCACACAUUGUGCCGCCUCUGACCACGCAGAAGACAACGGCCACCACCUCUGCCAGCAGCACCUCCAAGACCUCUGUCUCCAGAGAGGCCAGCCCCGCUAGCAGCACAGAGGUCCCUCUGACAAGCACCUCUCCAGGUCCCAGCUCUCCGCCUGCCCCCAGCAGCCCGCUCAGCACCCGCCCGCCACCUGCCACCACUUCCACGCUCUCCUCCACAUCAGCCCCAGCCGCCACCCCGAAACCUACGCCUACGACCCUAAGGCCCAGGCCCUCUUCCCUGAGGACCAGCGCUCCAACAGAGUUGCCUGCAUCAGAGUCAUCCGCGCCCUCCACAGCCAAAACCAGCCCGCUGCCAUCGCCUGCUUCUUCUCCCUCCUCAACCGUGUCCUCCACGUGGCUGAGUUCCUCGCAGCCCGCAGCCUUCACCCACGAAAAGACAACCGUGCCACACAUUGUGCCGCCUCUGACCACGCAGAAGACAACGGCCACCACCUCUGCCAGCAGCACCUCCAAGACCUCUGUCUCCAGAGAGGCCAGCCCCGCUAGCAGCACAGAGGUCCCUCUGACAAGCACCUCUCCAGGUCCCAGCUCUCCGCCUGCCCCCAGCAGCCCGCUCAGCACCCGCCCGCCACCUGCCACCACUUCCACGCUCUCCUCUGCUUCAGUCCCAACUGCCAGCGCAGUUCCUACACCUUUCCCCCUCACUACGUCCACAUCUAGUUCUGCUGAGAGUUCUACAUAUUUUUCCUCCCCAAACACCACUUUUACUCCACAUGUUAAAACAUCGUCAUUAGUAAUUCCUACCAGUAUCUCUUCCUCAUCCACUCCAGUGUUGAUUCCAGCUGCUUUAUCUACAACAGUUACUUUUGCUCCCAGUGUUACUACUACUGCAUCUACAGAGUCAGCUGAAAGCAGUUCGUUGCGAACAACAACAUUAACCACUACCCGCACUACGUCAUCGCCUUCUUUCACCUCUAGACUUUCAACAUCCUUGUCUUCUGUUGUACCAUUAACAGUGCCACAAGAGCGUUGUAGAGAACUUGAAUAUGAAGAAAAAAUAACUUACAAAGGCUGUUCUACAAAUGUCACUUUAAGCCGGUGUGAAGGAUCGUGUCCAUCUUCAACAAAGUUGAAUGUUGAGGAGAUGAUGGUCACCACAGUCUGCAGCUGCUGUAGGCCACUACAGCUUCUGAAGAAGGAAUUCCAACUACCUUGCCAAGACCCAGAUAACCCUGGAAAAAGGCUCACUACAGAAAUCAUUGUAUUUAGUGGCUGCGUUUGUAACUUUGACAGUUGCAUACAUUAG